CUUACUCAAAAUGGCGGCCGCGGCGCCGCCUGGCGAGAGGCUCGCGAGAGGCGCGGCGGGGCCGGGAGCUGCCCGCUGCAAAUGGCGGGGCGGCGGCCGGCAGGGCUGAGGCGAGGCGGGCGGUGCCGCCAUGGAGCACAUCACUACGCCCAAGGUUGAAAAUGUGAAAUUACUAGAUCGAUAUACAAAUAGGAAGGCAGCAAACGGGACGUUAUACCUGACAGCUACCCAUCUUAUCUACGUAGAUGCUUCUUCUGAAGUCAGAAAAGAAACAUGGAUUCUGCAUCACCAUAUUGCAAGUGUAGAAAAAUUGCCUCUGACCACAGCUGGAUGCCCCCUCCUUAUUCACUGCAAGAACUUCCAUGUGGCUCACUUUGUUAUUGGGCAAGAACGUGACUGUCAUGAAGUGUAUACCUCAUUGCUUAAACUUUCACAACCAGUGAAACCUGAAGAGCUUUAUGCUUUCUCUUACAAUCCGAAAAUGUCUAAAGAUAACCGGGAGAUUGGAUGGAAGCUGAUUGAUUUGAAAGUAGAUUACCAGCGUAUGGGAAUUCCAAAUGACUACUGGGAAAUAACGGAUGUUAAUAAGGACUAUGAGGUUUGCAACACGUACCCUCCCGAAAUAGUGGUGCCUAGAGCAGCGAAUAAGGCAACGGUGAUUGGAAGCUCAAGGUUCAGAAGCAGAGGGCGGAUUCCGGUGCUUUCCUAUUUAUAUAAAGAAAACAACGCUGCCAUAUGUCGCUGUAGCCAGCCGCUCUCUGGGUUCAGCGCUCGCUGUCUGGAGGAUGAACAAAUGUUGCAGGCGAUCAGAGAAGCCAACCCUGGGUGUGCCUUCAUGUAUGUUGUAGACACAAGGCCAAAGUUAAAUGCCAUGGCCAACCGAGCUGCUGGGAAGGGUUAUGAGAACGAAGAUAACUACGAUAACAUUCGCUUUAAGUUUAUUGGCAUAGAAAACAUCCAUGUGAUGCGGAACAGCUUGCAGAAACUCCUGGAGGUGUGUGAAACAAAGUCUCCUUCAAUGAGUGAUUUCCUCACUGGGCUGGAGAACUCGGGUUGGUUACGGCACAUCAAGGCUGUGAUGGAUGCAGGCGUCUUUCUCGCCAAGGCUGUGAAAGAUGAAAAUGCCAGUGUGUUGGUCCACUGCUCUGACGGGUGGGAUCGCACGGCGCAGGUCUGCUCCCUGGCUAGCCUCCUCUUAGAUCCGUUUUACAGGACUUUUAAAGGAUUCAUGGUCCUAAUAGAAAAGGAGUGGAUUGCAAUGGGCCACAAGUUCUCUCACAGGUGUGGCCACUUGGAUGGUGACCCAAAAGAAGUGUCCCCUGUCUUCACUCAGUUCAUUGAAUGUGUCUGGCAGCUGAUGCAGCAGUUCCCUUGCGCGUUUGAGUUUAAUGAGCGCUUCCUUCUGGAAAUCCAUGAUCAUGUCUACUCCUGCCAGUUUGGAAACUUCCUUGGGACCUGUCACAAGGAGCGUGAGGAUCUGAAAAUCUUUGAGAAGACCCAUUCUCUGUGGCCUUUCCUCUUACAGAAGAAGCAGGAAUUGAGAAAUCCAUUGUACAAAGGAUUUACAGCUUACAAAGAGCUUCAGCCAAACACACUACCUUUCAGUUUCCAGUUUUGGUGUGGGAUGUACAAUCGCUUUGACAAAGGAAUGCAUCCGAAACAGUGUGUAUUGGAUCAUCUGCUAAGCUGCAUGAGCCAGAAGAUGAAACUAGAGGACAAUGCAUCUGAACUGGAAAAUAAACUUCCCUUCCUUGAUGGUCCUUUGCCCAGUGAAGCUUGCUCCUUAUCUAAAGUAGGAAGUGCUGCUUCGAAAACACCAAUGCUGAACACUCCCCAGGAUUAUGAAGGGGAACCACCGCCUGUGUUGACCAACGGUAUCUCGGUGGGGAAUAUAGAUGUUAUGUCAGAUGUGGACCAAAAGAACAAAGAGAACCUGUCUAAUCACCAAGACCUCCAUGAUCUUAACGACACCAGUGUUUUAGACUCUGAAGCUAAGGAAGGAGAGCCUCAGUGCCAUUGAUCAGCUCUGAGAAUUGUGUUAAAUGAAGCAGGUGCUUGUGGUGGUGAGGCAUGAGGGGUCUGUGCCCCUGCGACCACCUUUUCCAGCCAAGUGUUUGUAUGUGUGUUGGCAGUGAGCUGUGCCCGCGCUGUAGCAAGCACAGUCUGUGUUUGGUUUGCAUCAUUUUGUGGCUAAAAUGAUGAAGAUGCGUCCAGAGCUGCUGAGGCUAUCUUGAGUUAGCGUAAACCUUACUGUUCAGUGGAAAUGAAAAUGUUUAAGGCUAAUAACUGCCUGCCAGUACUUGUAUUUCAAGCUGAAAGACAUCGUGGCCAAUUAACAUGGGGUUUAGAAAUGGCACAGUGUUCAUGACUGGAGUAGGAACGAUGCAAUCCGUUUAUUUGCAGUGGUGGUGCAAGGUUGUAAAUGCCCUUUCAGUUCCUCUAAAAUUGAUAAAUAUUUUCUUAGCUUUGAAUGAAUCUCUGCAUGGACCCUCACCCUGUGGCAGAACUGAUUCAUUUUUUGUUUCCUAUGCAUAUUUGUUAAACAAAAACAACAACAAAAAACUCUGUGCCUUUUUAUGGAGACCAUUUUAAUGUCUAGCAAUGCAAUGUAGUAUUUUUAUUAUUGUAGUGUAGAGUGUAGAACUUGGUCUUCUUUGUAGUCAGUAUUUUUAAACACUGUUUUGUAUCUGCUGCCAGCUUCCCAAGGAUCUGUGCUGGUCUCCUGAGUUUAGUAGCUUCAGAGACACAAAAUGGUUAUUUCACAUCAUGUGCUGAGUGAUUACAGUGAAUGUUAUUUUGAAUGUUGAAAUCAUGUGAAACCUUAGAGCUGAGUGGUCUGUACUGUCAAGACCUGGGGAAAUGAACAAUUUCUCUCAUAGCGAUGAGCUUUGUAACUUUGUGGAGAUGGUGACAAAACCUAGAUCAGGAUGCGACCCAUUAUUGGAUCGAGAAGUGGACAUCUUGGCUCAUGACUGUGGCUCCGUCUUGGACUCGCUGCAGUUGUGCUGCUUGGUUCCUUUGAACUGCAGUAAGCUCAGCUGGAGAUACUGGUUAAAGUUGAAGGUUUAACACACAUGUAUUCUAUUUACUCCAUUCCAAAGGUUCAUCUCCCCAGGGAAAUGGAUGGCACAGAAAAACUAUUCUGCACUACUUGUUCUGGACAAAUUUCUCCUAUGGAUAUGUUUAAUUGCAUGAAAGUCUCUUCGUGCAGCUUAAUUCAGUAGUUUUUUUUUUUUCUCUUUUGGAUUAUGUUUAAAUUUGAUGCUGCCAUCAGGUCUUAAAAUCAGGUUUUUACUCUUCUAUAAAAUUCUGAAACAAAAAAAGUUUCUAAUCUGCAAAAAGUUUCCCAAUCUGCAAUAAAAAGUAGGAACAUUCCAUUAUUCUGUUACAGCAUUGCAAUAUGCAAUGGCCAUUGUGUGUGUGCUUACAACCUGUCAUGAAAUGAUGAACACUUGAAAACACAUUUUCGAGAAGAGGGGGGGGAAAAUGAAACAAAAAACCAUCCCUAGUGUCACUUUGGGUAAGAAAAUCUUUAUAUUAUAUCAAAAGACCGAAGUAAGAAGGGCAAUAUCUGAGAACGGUUUCUUUGGUGCCUAGAAUGGCAAAGAGAAACUUUUUCUAAUGUUGCAGGUUUUUAAAUCUUAAAGCAAGUAAUAUUUGCUUUACCAAAUAGCUGUUUUCCAGGUGUGAGUGAGAGAGCUAGCCUGUAUGCUUGAUUUUUCAAAGCUAAGCACAUAAAAUACUGAUCUAGAUACGCUUAUGCUGAAGAUGCUCAAUGUUUGUUGUGUGGGUAUGUUGCACUUGCAUAUUGCAUCAUACAAACAGCUAUAUAUUUUAUGUUGAAGGAUGCACACUUCUGAAUGCAUCAUGUUUAAUCUCAAGAUUAUCUACCGUUGUGUCUCUAUUUAAAAAAAAAAAAAUCUGAUUAACAUUAAUCAUGCUUAGCACUAAGCAAGAUAGCCUGCCGGCCCUUGUUUGCCAUCUCCAUUUACUCCUCAAGCAGAGAGAUUACACCCAAAUCUUAGUCUUGCUGCUCUAAAUACGCAGGGUCUGAAAUUUUGCUGUCGAUUUCCACUGGAGGGUAGUGGGGAGAUUCCUUCCCUUUGCUUCUUCGUAGCCUAAAAGCUCAGUUUGGCAUAUGCACUUUGCGGUUUGGAGCUCCUUUUAAGCAAACUAAUGGACUAACCCUGUCUUCUCUUUCUAGGUAGUAAAAGAGUAGUGGAUAGUAUGCACAACCUCUUCAGUAGAGAACUCUUUAAAUUGAGACCAAGAUAGGCGUUUCGUAGGACCAGUUAUUCUACGUCAACAGUUUUUUAACGUACUUUGUAGUGAAAGUUAGAGAUACAGAAUUAUAGACAACUUUGACUGACUACUGAAGGAUUUAGAUAUACCACUGGUUAAUCUUUGUAUAAAAACAUUUUGCAGGAGGUUUCUAUAAAUGUUUACACACUGCCUUGUCUUUUAAAUUACCAUAGAGUAUCUUAAAAAAUGUAUAAUGAACUUUGCUUAUCCCUAAAAGAGGAUGCUGACAUCUCCACAGAUCGUUGACUACAGUGUUACUGUAGGUGCAUAAAACCCUGAAAAGAUUACUUUAUACACUGAAAGUACUUAGAAGCUUUUAAUAAUCUUGAUGCUUUUGACUUCAGUAGCAAAACAAUGCACGACUUCAUACUUUGAAAUGCAAAACCUAGCCAAAAAUGGGUGACGAUCUGUCGUCUUAAACUGCUUGGAUUUAAUACCUACAAGCUUGGCCAAAGCCUCCAACAUAUUCAAAGUCGUUCAUGCUGGUGCUGUAAAUCUAUGGAGCUGGAAAAAAUACCAGGGUUUCCUGGAAUUCCAUGAGAUUAUUUGUUUGAAAACCAAUUAGCUAGAAGCGUUUUUUGUUUGUUUUGAAGAUGAUUUCUGUUUUGAACUUUCUGUGUGUUUUUAAGACCAAAAAA